UUUUUUUCUUUGAUUAAAAAUUGUUUUUUGAUCAAAGCAACUUUUAUUGCGAUUGAAUGAUUUAGACAUAAAUAUCCUACACCUAAUAUGGCUCAAACACAAAAAGGAUUGCUUCAAAGAAAACAGUUUGAAUGAAAAAUAAAGUGUUCAAAUGCGAAUUUCUGAGUCUCAAAUAUUUUCUCACAUUCAAACCUUUUUUUCUACGAUUGAAUUUUUUAAAUUUUUGAUUGAAGUGAUUUUUCUUUUGAAAAUACAUAUUUUUUGUUUGAAGCAACUUAUUUUUUGAUUGAAUAAUAAAGACACAAAUGUCCUAGCCAAAAUGUGGUCCAAACGCAAAAUUACAGGACUUCAAUCAAAAAUGUUGUUUCAAUCCCAAAAAAAAAAACUUGACUUAAAUAAAAAUUUCAAACAAAGAAAAAGUUUUCAAAUAUAUUUUUUUGAGUUUCAAAUUUAUUUUUGCAUUCAAACACAUUUUUUUAUGAUUGAAGUGACUUUUUCUUCGAUUGAAACUACAUACUUUGAUUGAAGCAACUUUUUUUUUUUGAUUAAAUAAUAAAGACACAAAUCUACCUCCAUACUGUGUCUGCCUCAUUUGCAAAGAGACAGUCGCUGUUUUUUUUUUUUUACACGCUGACAUGUACGACAAGAUUACAGGGAAGAUGCGUAGCGACAACUUGAAGCAACUUGAAGCUAGUUUGAUUUUACAGGAGCAGUACUUUGCAAGAUCCCGGAGUCGAAAGAGAACGUCACGAAGGCUAGUUGCGAGAUUGUUUAAAUUAUUAAUUAGAAAAAAAUAAUAAAGCAAAUGUGACACUCAGAAUGGCUUGCUAAAAUUUGCUUAAAUAUAUUGUUCUACAUAAAGGACGUCAGCCAAGGUCGGCCCACCACAUUUUUACCACACCAAAUCUGGCCCCAUUUGCAAAAAGUUUAGACACCCCUGUCUUUGUGCAUGUUUGGUCCACUACAAUCCCUAGUAAAGAGGGUAUAGUAAAAGGACGAAUGGUUAAACUGUAACACAUCUUUUCUUCCAGUAGAGGGAGAUCAUUCCUUGUUCGUCUUAGAACUUAUGGCUGUGAUUUCUUUGCAUAGCUUUUAUUUGCCUACCCAGUGGAAAUAGUUGUUCUAAGGACUACAUUUGCAAGUGCAUACUAGAUAGUGAUGUGAUGGAUGAAUAAGCCAUCAAAUAAUUGGGACAUAAUAUUUUGUGCAGUCACUAGUCCAGGUCAAUAUGGAAUCUGUCAGGAUUUGGAUUGGUAGUACAAAACAAUGGGUGUAUUUUGAUUGUGCAGUCUUGAGAAUGAGCUCCAUAGUGGUGCAUCUAGGUGUAAAUUAAGUUUUUGAGAUAUAUUUUGAAAAUUGCUGCUUUGGAAAUGAUGUUGAGAGAAAAAGCUGACUGAGUUUUGUCACAUAAUCACAGCAGGACUCAUUUUCAUCCUCUUAGAAGGGGGGUGACUGCCGAGAACGCUGAGUCAUGUUACAUGAUCAAAACAGCACAUUUUUAAAAAGCUAUGAAGACAUAAUGAGAGCAAGGAUUGAGGAUCAAGAAGCUGUAGAGGUUUGUGGUGGUGAAGUUGUGUGGGGUUUAGUGAUAAUGUAGGGAAAAGCUUCUAUAAAUGUGUGAUUGUGCGCAAUGACUGAGCGACAGGGAGAGGCCUGCUCUGCAACAACGAGCACGUGAACAGCGGGGAGGGGUCACCACGGACUCCACGCCCCUCUGUGACGAGCAUCCUUUUUACAGAGCGGCUGAUGGCAGCUCGGCCAGACGCAGAGGCAACAGCAGCAGGCAGUCAAAAGGAUCCCCCGGCAAUCAGAUUCGGAUUACCGUGUCCCCGUUGCCACGGAGACGUCUUUCUUUGCAGGGAGCGACGCCUUUUCUGGAGCGGCUUGUUGCAUUAUUCCCGCUUGAGAUGUUCACACAAGACUGGAAAAUAGUACUUAUGUCAUUCUAGCUGAUUUGGAAUUUAUAGGAAAGAAUCCUGCAAAGUUUUGGGAGAAAAUAAAGAAAGCAGAAGAUGACAACCAUGCAGAAGCUGCUGCAGCUGCCCGUCAACGCGGUGAACAUGGUGAAGACGGUGCAGAGUCAGGUGCAGGGCCAUGAGGAGGAUAAGAGCCCUGUGUUGACCCCCGACAGUGGGCAGCAGACUUGGUAUAGCGCCCUGAGGCCUGAUGAGCUGCGCCACCUCAGAGGAGGGGGAGCUGGUGGAGGUGGUGGUGGUGAUGGAGGGAGAGACCAGGAGGAACGAGCGCCAUUGGAGGAAGGUGGCAGCGGCGGCAACGGGAGUUCCCUUAGUCAACCUUUGCGACAUGACGACCUGAAGGAGAUGCUGGACAGCAACAAAGACUCCCUUAAGCUGGAGGCCAUGAAACGCAUCGUUGCCAUGAUUGCCCGAGGUAAAAAUGCGUCAGACCUCUUCCCUGCCGUGGUGAAAAAUGUGGCUUGUAAAAAUAUUGAGGUAAAGAAGCUGGUGUACGUUUACUUGGUGCGUUAUGCCGAGGAGCAGCAAGACCUGGCGUUGCUCUCCAUCUCCACCUUCCAAAGAGGCUUGAAGGAUCCCAACCAACUAAUCAGAGCAAGUGCCCUGCGUGUCCUCUCCAGCAUCCGGGUUACCAUCAUCGUUCCCAUAAUGAUGCUGGCAAUCAAAGAGGCCGCUUCUGACAUGUCUCCGUACGUUCGGAAAACAGCUGCUCAUGCCAUCCCUAAACUCUACAGUCUGGAUCCAGAACAGAAGGAUCAGCUGAUUGAAGUCAUUGAGAAACUCCUCGCAGACAAAACCACACUCGUGGCAGGGAGCGUGGUCAUGGCCUUUGAGGAGGUGUGUCCGGAGCGGAUCGACUUAAUCCACAAGAACUACAGGAAGCUGUGCAACCUCCUGAUCGAUGUGGAGGAAUGGGGUCAGGUGGUUAUUAUCAACAUGCUGACGCGCUACGCCAGGACGCAGUUCCUCAACCCCAACAUCAAUCUAUGCGAGACAGCAAAAAAACAAGGCUUUUGCAAGGAGUCUCUGCUCGAGGAGGGCGGAGGUGGCGACAAGACCUUCUAUGGCUCCGACGGCAAUGAUGACGAUGAUGAAGAUGAUGAAGACAAGGAAAAGAAGGCAGAGGCCGCUGCCUUGGCCAAGAGGAAGCCAUACGUGAUGGAUCCGGACCACCGGCUGCUGCUGAGGAACACCAAGCCGCUACUGCAGAGCCGCAACGCAGCUGUGGUGAUGGCCGUGGCUCAGCUCUACUUCCACCUCGCCCCCAAAGCUGAGGUUGGAGUAAUCGCUAAGGCUCUUGUGCGUCUUCUGCGCAGUCACAGUGAAGUCCAGUAUGUUGUUCUUCAAAAUGUGGCCACUAUGACCAUUAAGAGAAGGGGAAUGUUCGAACCAUACCUGAAGAGUUUCUACAUCCGCUCUACAGACCCAACUCAGAUAAAGAUCCUUAAGCUCGAGGUGCUGACCAAUCUUGCCAAUGAGACCAACAUCUCCACUAUUCUCAGAGAGUUUCAGACCUACAUCAAAAGUAUGGAUAAAGACUUUGUGGCUGCCACCAUCCAAGCAAUUGGUCGCUGUGCCACCAAUAUCGGAGAAGUGAGGGACACGUGUCUGAAUGGUUUGGUGCAGCUGCUGUCCAACAGAGAUGAAUUGGUGGUGGCUGAGUCCGUGGUGGUCAUCAAGAAGCUCCUGCAGAUGCAACCUGAGAAGCACAGUGACAUCAUCAAACACAUGGCCAAGCUUACGGACAACAUCCAGGUGCCGAUGGCGCGGGCCAGCAUUCUGUGGCUGAUCGGUGAAUAUUGCGAGCACGUGCCCAAGAUUGCCCCAGAUGUCCUGAGGAAGAUGGCCAAGUCUUUCACCAAUGAAGAAGACAUUGUCAAGCUUCAGAUACUCAACCUUGCUGCUAAGCUGUAUCUCACCAACUCCAAACAAACCAAACUUUUGACGCAGUAUGUCCUCAACUUGGCUAAGUACGACCAAAAUUACGACAUCCGUGAUCGGGCGCGCUUUAUCCGCCAGCUCAUUGUACCCACAGAGAAGAGUGGCGCCCUCAGCAAGUACGCCAAGAAGCUCUUCCUGGCCCUCAAGCCUGCACCGGUUUUGGAGUCUCCAUUUAAAGAUCGAGACCACUUCCAGUUGGGCUCACUGUCCCACCUGCUGAACGCCAAAGCCGGUGGCUACCAGGAAUUACCUGACUGGCCGGAAGCCGCCCCAGAUCCCUCCGUGCGCAACGUGGAGGUGAAGGAGUCUUCUUGCCAGGUAUUUUCGCUGCUUGAGCGAGUCACAACGUUGACCAGCGUGCCCGAAUGGACCAAGUGCAGCAGCCGUGAGAAGAGAAAGGAGAAGAAAGUAGAGAAGCCUUUCUACUCCGAUUCCGAGGGCGAGUCCGGGCCGACGGAAUCGGCCGACAGUGAGUCGUACUCCUCGGGCGGUUCCGACAGCGGAAGCGGGAGCGCCGAAAGCGGCUCCGGAUCCGAGAGUGAAGAGAGCGAAGAAGCCUCUGAAUCAGAGGAAGAGGAGGAAGACAAGACCAAGAAGAAAGAGUUCAAGAAGCCAGUGCGAGAGAGCGAAAGUGAGCAGAGCAGUGAAGGGGAAGAUAGGAAACGGACGAGAAAGAGCAAACAACAAAAGAGCGAUUCGGAAUCGGAGUCUGACGAAGACGAGGACAGCGAUUCGGAUAGCAGCCAAUCGGAAUCUGAAGAUUCCGAGUCGGAGGCGGAGGUCAAAAAGAAGAAGGCAGUGCAAUCAAAAGCUCCUUCCAAGCCCGGGACCAAAGACAGCAAGAAAGAAAAGAAAGAAAUGUCGCUGCUGGACCUUGACGACUUCGAACCCGCCCCUUCGCCUCAAGUGACACCCGUCAACUCCUUCCUGUCCAGUAGCCUCGUCACCGACUUGGAAGGUUUAUCUUUGUCGGAUAACGUUCUCUCACCUACAGCUAUCUCUCCAUCAGGCGCGCAGAAGAGCUACGAACUCCUGCACCGGAUCACCGGCGAGGGCCUGUCGGUGGAAUAUUGCUUCAGCCGACAACCCUUUGGUCCCGAUGCCAACAUGGUGGCGGUGCAGAUGCAGUUUGCUAAUAGCGCUGCUGUAGAUGCCAAGAAUUUACACAUUGAGGACGUUAAGUUGCAGUCCGGCAUGAGGGUUAAAGAGUUCCAGGAGAUAGAGCUGCUUCCUGCAGGUGAGACAGUCACUGCCGUGAUGGGCAUCGACUUCUGCGACUCCACACAAGCGGCAAACUUCCAGCUCUGCACUCACAGCAGGAAGUUCUUUGUAUCCAUCCAGCCGCCUGUUGGAGAGUUAAUGAAACCCGUUUUUAUGACAGAAAACGAGUUUAAAAAAGAGCAAGAGACGCUUUCACAGCGUCUAGGGCAACUGAUGGGCAUGAACGAGAUCACAGAGAAACUGACGCUGGACGCAAAGUGUCGCAACGAGCACGCCAUUGUUCAGAGGGUGACGGGGGCCGCCAAUCUUAGCAGGGUGCCCUGUGGCUCCGACAAGGAGUGCAGUCCUGCGCUUCCUCUUUCUUCUCCUCCACUUCCUGAUCCCGCACACAGGUUCGCGGGCCGGACCGUGAGCGGCGGCAGCCUGGUGCUGGUCACCGUAAUCACCAAGGAGGACGGCGCCGCCCAGUUGACGCUCAAUUGCGACAAAAUGGUGAUCGGGACCAUGUUGGUCAAGGAUGUCCUGAUGGCUCUCACGCAGUAGCAUUUUUUAUUUCAUAUAAUUGAAAACAAAAAUCUAAAUACGAGUGUAGUAAGUUAAAUUAGUGAAAAUUGUGACCUUUUUUUUUUUUAACUUAAUUUUGUCUUAUACAUUUAAUCCAUAUUAGUCAUGAAAAAAAAAACAUUCUGGCAGUUUUUACCAUCCCUAUUAAAUUCUACCAUUACACCAAAAUAUCCAGCAUGACACAGUUCAGAGGUUUUUCAAAUUAUUUUUAUUAAAAUUUAGACCUAUUUUAAAGCAUCAUACCCAACAAAUCAAACAUGUUGGAAUAGAUUUAAUAGAAUCCAUGAUCAAAAUUGUUUACAUCCAAAUGUUACUCUCCUGCCUUCCACAUUUCACAACCUGUCUUUGAUGCUGUUUUUUGUCUUUGCUGUUGGUGAAUGUAAAAUAUAUUUUACCAAAGCAGAUAAUUGCAAAUUAUGUGUUUUUUUAAUUUAUAUAUUGUGCGUGCUGCUUGACUGUUGGAAGAUUAUUUAUUAGACAAAUAAUAAAAAAAUACACAUAAAAUGCUUUUUUUUAUUUUCAAUGAACAUUGAUUAUACAGUGAUUCCUCGCUACUUCGCGCCCAGAGUCCAUCGCAGAUUUUUUUUUCAAUUAAAUAAAUACAGAUGAGCCGAUCACGUAGUCUCACUCUCCCUCCUGCUACUCCUUCUUGGUCAGGCAAUGCAUUGGAGUUGCAUACUGAAGUAAACGAUUGACAGACGUUUAAUUUUUGAUCUUGCCACAGACGCCUGAAUGCCGAAGCUUCAAAGCACCGUAUGCGUCAAUCAUCGUUUAACUUGUUAAACCGCUGCUGUGGCAACUCAUUGUGUGUAAGUAAGCACCUUGAGCGGAUUUGAGUGGACUCAAUCAAUGAAACAUUUAAUAAUAACUUUUUUCAUGUUUAAAAAUAAUUCAGUGGGACAGUAACAUGCUUAAAGCCGCAAAAAACGAGGGAUCACUGUAUAUUUAUAGCAUAUAGAAAACGUAACUGGUGAUAGAGAAGCCCACCAGUGGCCCACAAUAUUUAAAAAAAAUACAAUUGUACAUUUUGAAAUUGCACUUUCAAAUGUAUCACUAAAGAGAGUGGGGGAGUUGGGCAAGAAAUCCUGGCGGCCCACCGGGCUUAUAAAGCACUGGGGAAAACGGUACUUUAAUUUUUCUGAUUUAUUUAAAAAAUAUACAGUAUUUUAAAAAUAUGAGUACAAAAUAUAUAUGGCUGAAAACACAGACAAGGCUGAAAAAGCAGUUUCUUCUUACACUCCUCUUUAAAAUAAACAGCUGUUUUAAGCCAUAAGAACUGUUGUGUUUGAUAGAACAAUAUGUCUAUAUGCUGCCAUAGCAAUUUCAUGGCGCAUUCAGCCCCAGAACUAUUUUUAAUUUGUCGGUAUUACCCUGGAGACACCCGUUUACAGACACCGCGCAACUGCUUUUGUUUCAACCCAGCAAUAAAAAGAUAAGUAUCGUUCGAAAUGUCUAUCAUUUUUUAGCUUAGAAUCAUUAAUGGAUGUCUAAUAUUUAGUUAAAAAAAGAAAUGACUAUAAAAUUAUUUACUCGUACAUUUUAAACUUUUAAACAAAUUACGUCACAAAAAAUACUAUCCCUAAAUAGGUCACGGAUAUCUACCUCAUAACUAUCGCUUAAUGGUAUUUUUUUUGUUAUAGUCGUAUUUUCCCCGAUAUUAUUGAUAAUAAAUAAUCGAUCCAAACAAAGAAAAAUUGAAAAAAAAAAAAAGUUUUAAAACAGUAAAUAUUUGAAAAAGAAAACCUCGACCACUCCUUGAUGUCUGCGAUUUCUGCAUUCCCUUAUUAUAUUACCAUGUUUCACCCAUAAAAUCCCCCAAAAUUCCAGCUGUGGCCAUUCACAGCUGUGUUUUGAAACUUGGUGAUACAUGCUACAGAGUUUUUGGAUUGAAACAAGGUAAGUACACGAUAAUAACUCGUUAAAACCAUGGUGUCUAAUUAGGCUCUCUUUUGCUCUCACCUCGAGUUAGGGUUUAGGGGUUUAAAAAAUGUUUUUUUUUUUCCUAAUUGCCCUCCUGUUCAAAUUUUUUCUUACCCCAGAAACUUGAAAUUUUAAGCUUUACAAUGAUGUAUCACACAUGCAUAUAGGACAAUUUUGUAAUUUGGCCAAAUUAGGGGUUCUCAGAGCGGAACUUCAAGUCACCUGAGUGUUUUCCGCCAUAUAUAUUUUACAGGGGAAAACAAAAUUGUCAGGCUUGUCAAUAUGAAUAUGAUUAUGACUAGGGUUGUUGCUCCCGAUCCGAUCCCGAUCGUUUUAGUUUGAGUAUCUGCCGAUCCCGAUAUUUCCCGAUCCGAUUGCUUUUUUUUUUUGCUCACGAUUCAAUUCCAAUCAUUCCCGAUAAUGUUUCCCCAUCAUAUACAUUUUGGCAAUGCAUUAAGAAAAAAAUGAAUAAAACCCGGACGAAUAUAUGCAUUCAACAUACAGUACAUAAGUACUGUAUUUGUUUAUUAUGACAAUAAAUCCUCAAGAUGGCAUUUACAUUAUUAACAUUCUUUCUGUGAGAGGGAUCCACGGAUAGAAAGACGUGUAAUUCUUAAAGGAUAAAUGUGACUUUGUAUAUUGUGACUAAAUAUUGCCAUCGAGUGUAUUUGUUGAGCUUUCAGUAAAUGAUACUGCAGCCAUUUAACUUCUGCCCAAAUGCAUGAUAAGAAGUGCAACCAUAACCGUGCGUAGGGGCACCAAUUGAUAUAUCUUCUCUGCGUUGGGAAAGAACAUAAGGUGUUAAGAAAAUCAUCAACUACUACCUUUCUUCCCCACAUUGCCUCCCACAUUAUUAUUUUCUGAGAGAGGUAUUGUAAGGCUUUAGCCAUAUUGAAAUUGGCUCCAAAGGCUGUGAAAAUUAUCUUUACUCAUUAUACGCUGCCUUUUAGCGCUAACGAUAGGUAAAACGGCGUUUUUAUAGAUUGAACGCAACAAUGCGUGAAUAUUACCGCCAUUAACGCAAUAAAUUUGAUAGCCCUACUUUAAGCCAAAACUACUCUGGAUGAGUGUAAGACAUUUUGUCUGUAACGUUAAAUACAAUUAGAAAACGAUUUAAUUAAAAAAUAUAUAUAUUAAAAAAAGGCAUGUUCCAUAUUUUUUUGCCGAUUACGAUACUUUGAAAAUGACGUGAUCGGACCCGAUCGACAUCUCUAAUUAUGACUUAAUUUCUUUAUAUUUUAACCAAGGCUGAUUGUGCUCACUUGAAAGAGAGAGUCCUGUGAAGUAAAGCUCAGGUGAGCUCGGUCUGUUUGCUGCGCGGCAAAAAAAGCGCCGCAACACCAGCGGUAAGCAGCAUGGCCGACACCAACAGGACGGGCACGGCGCAGUCCAAGUCCACCAAGUUGCCGAAGGCCACAUUCCCUGUGAUGGCCGCCACUCGGCCCGCCCCCGUGAAGAAGCCAAGCGCCGAUGAACUGCCAGGAAAAACACGGUCAGUCGAAGUCAGGGGAGUAAAACUCAUCUUUGUCGUGGGCCUGUAUUGUAUCAGGAUUUCUUCGGAGGACCACUAGGGCUUCCACAAUAAAUUGAUUAAUGAACAAUCAAAUGACCCGACAACUAUUUUCACAAUUGAUGAGACGUUGAGACCUUGUCCUAAAAAUGUUCCAAAUAAUCUCUUAAUAAUUUCUUUUUUCAUUUAAAAUAAAAAAGUAUCUUUUUUAAAAUAUUUUGCACAAAAAGAAACCUUUUGAAUAUAAAUUUAUUGAAAAGACAUUGUUCUCAAAACUGUCCAAAUUCAAAUUUGAGCCUCUUAAUAAGUUAAUACUUCAAUUUACCUAUUUAUUUAAUUUAUUCAUGUAUUCAUUUUUUUAAAUAAAUUCAAAAAGAGAAAAA